CCUUGCGUGCAUAUCGCGCAAGGUUUGUUGAUGUCUACAACUGUCCUAGCGUGCAAAGCGCGCAAGGUUUGUUGAUGUCUAUAAGGCCGAUUCCAGAAUGGAUAUACGUAAGGUUGACACGCGCGCAACGUUCACGCAAAGCUUACGCGCGCGUUGGUUCUGACGUCACUAAUGUAGUGUUGCCAACUGCUAAAAGUUCAUGCAGUUUAGUGUUUAGUAUAGGCCUAGUUUGGUUAGUGCUUAUAUUUUGUGAUUGCUAAUAAUUAACUAAAUCGUUUUUUAUUUUUUAAAAAAUGGAAGAUUUCAUGACAUUCCUCUUUAUCUUUAUACAGUGGUUCAAUUUAAUUCGUAUGUAUCUAAGUAUUAACAAGGAAGUGUUUCGUCGAUGGUGGGUUAAGCCUCAUAUUCGAGUUCAAAUGAGGGAAAUUUUUGGAGCUUACGAUGCUCUUUUUGAGAACUUUUUAAUGCAGGACCACGAAAGUUUUAGAAAAAUGGUGAGAAUGAGUGUCCAACAAUUCGAGGAAUUACACCAAUUAAUACAACACCGGCUCGAAAAACGCAGUUUAAGAAAGCCAUUGUCUACGAGGCUUCGCUUGGUUGUUACUUUGAGUAUCUUAGCCCAUGGUGAUAGUUUCUACAGCACUAGCAACUUAUUUCGAAUAGGUUUGUCAACUGCUUACAGCAUAAUUGCUGAAGUUUGUCCAGUUAUCUGGGAAUGUUUACAACCUUUGUACUUAAAAGGAAAUCUAGUUGCUGAAGAUUGGAUGGUCACUGCCCAAGGUUUUCGAGCAAAAUGGGAUAUGCCAAAUUGCAUUGGAGCUAUGGACGGCAAAGAGAUCCGAAUAAAAGCACCACCAAAUUCUGGUAGCCGUUAUUUUAAUUAUAAAAGGUUUCACAGUUUUAAACUAAUGGCCAUGUGUGAUGCUUUUUGCCGAUUCUCUUGGGUAGAUAUUGGAGAUUAUGGUGGUGUAAGCGAUGUUUCGGCCUUCCAACAUACUGAAUUUUAUCGGAUGUUGGAAAAUAAUUUGGCCAAUUUACCCAAUCCAACCUACCUACCACACUCACAUGACAUUUCGACUCAUUUCAUCAUAGGAGACGGGAUUUUCACACUAAGGCCGUACAUGAUUGUGCCGUACAAGCGAAAUCGACCCCUUACACCCUUACAAGAAUUGUUCAAUUACCGAUUAUCUCAUGCACGACAGACUAUAGAAUGCGCAUUUGGAAUCCUAGCAGCUCGAUGGAAAAUUUUGCAAUCGAAAAUGUCUUUCAAGCUUGAAACAUCGAUCGCUGUAGUUCAAUCAUUAGUCUGUCUGCACAAUUAUAUAAUAACGAGAGAAUUGUCUGAUGAUGAAGAAUUUCGACAAUAUUUUCCUGAAAGACAAAUGGACCAAUUCAUUCGGGAAAAUAGGGCAGCAGAAAAUGAAGUCGAGAAUCUUUUGAAUGAUCGUGACAAUAUAAUCGCUCUUCUAAAAUUUGAGAACAGAAUUUUGUUGUUAUUAAUAUGCAUUAAAACUGGAUUUUUUUCAUGCAAUUCAACUGAAUCUUCUUUCUUAAUGUCUAAAAAAAGAUUCAAGGCCUGAUCUUACAACAAUUUAAGUAGUUCAGUUCAAUAAUUUCCUUUUUUUAAUUCGUUGCACUUUAAGUUUACUUUAUUCUACUUUUUUGAAGACUGAUUAGUCAUUUUUAAUAAAAUUAGUAUUAGCAAAUAUCAGAAAAUUCAUAUUAAGGAAAAAAUUCAAUAAUUGAAUAUGAACGUCAAAGUAACAAUGUUUUUAUUUCAAUUUGAAAAAAUUUUGCUUUAAUACAUUGUAAUGUAAUACAAU